CAUAUGCGUCACGCGCCUUGCCGCCCUUGUGAACCAUCAUCACGAGCUCCCCUCCCCGCGCCUCUCCUUUCCCCCCGUCCAUCCAUCUCCGGCCUCUCCUCUCCGAGCGCUGCUAUAUACAUGGCGCGGGCCAAACUGCGAGUCAACGGAGUCAGUAGCGCCUACGGCGGUGACACGGCGUGGGCAAGCCGGAGCCCGUACACAUGGCGUCGGAGGAGGAGCAGAGCUCGCUGGAGGAGCCGUCCCCGCCGCGGACGCCGAUGUCCUGGCCGUCGCAGCCGCUGCUCCUGGACCCGGCCUACGCGCGGAGCAAGUCGGUCAUCCACGACGAGCUGCGCAGCUUCCGCGUGUUCCUGCAGUGGUGCGCGCUCGACCACUCCUCCCCCGCCGCGCGCGCCGCCUCGUACACGGCCUUCCUCGCGCUGGCGCUCGCCGUGCCCGCCGCCGUCACGGCCUCCCUCCGCGCCGACGCCUCGCUGUCCCCGGCUUCCGCGUCCGCGGUCACGUUCAACCGCGUGGCCACGCUCACCGCGUCGGGGCUCGCCGCCGUCUCCUUCGUCACGCUGGCCGUCUUCUUCCGCCGCUGCGGCGGCCUCCGGCAGCUGCUGUUCCUGGACGGGGGGCUCCGCGACGACACCGCGUUCGUCCGCCGCCGCUACGAGCGGGAGCUGGACCGCGCGUUCCGCCUCCUGGCGGCGCUGCUGGUCCCGGCCCUCUGCGUGGAGGCCGCGCACAAGGCCGUCUUCUUCUUCUCCACCGUGCGCGUGGAGCCGCCGCUCCCGCUCCCGCACGUGCCGUGGCGCGGGGUGGCGCUGGUGGCCACGGUGGCGUCGUGGGUGUACCGCACGGGGGUGUUCCUGCUGGUGUGCGUGCUGUUCCGCCUCACCUGCGAGCUCCAGAUCCUGCGCUUCGAGGGGAUCUACCACAUGUUCGACGCGGAGGCGUGCGCCGCCGCCGACGAGAUCUUCGUGGAGCACCGCCGCAUCCGGACGCAGCUGCUGGCCACCAGCCACCGGUACAGGGUGUUCAUCAUCUGCUGCCUCGUCACCAUCACCGUCAGCCAGCUCGGCGCCCUGCUCGUCGCCCUCUCCUCCAAGGACGGCAAGAGCUUCGCCAACUCCGGCGACCUCCUUGUUGGUUCGUCGGUGCAGCUGAGUGGGUUCUUCAUGUGCCUGUUCGGCGCGGCCAGGAUCACGCACCGAGCCCAACGGAUCGUGUCCAUCGCCAGCCAGUGGCACAUGCGCAUGGUGUCCGCCGCUCUGCACCACGGCAAACCAGGCGUCAGCACCUCGGCGAGCGACAUCGACCCGGUCGCUCUGACGGCGCCAUUGCUCCCCGGAGCAGGAUGUGACUACAAAAGCAGACAAGCUCUUGUGACGUACCUGUGGCACAACAGUGGCGGGAUCACCUUGUUCGGCUUCACGCUCGACAGGGGCCUCCUCCACACCAUCUUCGCCUUCGAGAUGACCCUCGUGCUCUGGAUCCUCAGCAAAGCUGUAGUUCUCUCCUAGCUACCAGUACAUCGACUACUGCAUACGAGACCAGUGAUUGUUAGUAGUAUUUGAUAAUUAACCACGAUGUCGUUGACGAAAGUGUAAGUAAAUUCAGCUAGUUAUUGCUUCCAGAAUAAUUACACAUCAGUUUUGCGUUUUGA